AUGCCCUUUUUCCAACCACCAGUAAGCCCUCCGUCCUCCGGCAUUGACCUUUCUGGACAAACAGCCGUCGUCACCGGCGCAACAGCAGGCAUCGGGCUUGAGAUUUCUCGCCAACUUAUCCUUUACAAGGUCUCAAAUCUCAUCAUGGCCGUGCGCAACACGUCAAAGGGCCAGACUGUCCGAGAAUCUUUGCUCUCCGAUCCGGCUGUCAACGCGGGCAACUCCAAUGUCACGAUCAAAGUUAUGGAGCUCGACACAGAGAACUACGCGAGCGUGGAGCGCUUCGUGUCUGCCUACCAGCUCACGUUUCAAGAUUUGCAUCUGCUGAUGGCAAAUGCGGGGAUUGGUACGGCAGCGAAAGAGUCGGCAAGUUCGGGGCAUGAGAUGGACAUCCAAGUCAACUAUCUCUCUAAUGUACUGCUUACACUCGCUCUCCUACCAAUGCUGGAAUCGACUGCAAGCAAGACCAACAAGCCAGCGAGAGUUACUUGGACCGGUAGUCGAAUGUACGAGAAGACUAGUCUAGCCAAGAAGCUUCCCCUCCAGAAAGGAGAAGGGCUUCUCAAGCACCUCAACACCGCCGAGGGUAUCUCCAUGCUGCAGCGAUAUGGAGAUAGUAAGCUCUUUUGUGUGCUCUUCCAGCUCGAACUCGCGAAGCACUAUCAUCCUGACAAAGUCAUCAUCAACAGCUUCUGUCCCGGCCUUGUCAACACAGGGAUGACUGAUGGGCUCCCAUUCUAUAUGCGCAUACCCACGAACGUGAUGAAAGCUCUCACCGCUCGAUCACCAAAGCAAGCAGGAUGGAUUGCGCUGAAUGCAGCGGUCGUUACGGGGGUGGAGACACGGCGGUGGAGGAGCCGUCCGAAUUCAUUAAGAGCAAGGAGGGACAGAAGGUACAGAAGAUGUUGUGGAAUGAGACGAUUGACGAAAUGGAGGGAGUGGUAA